AUCGAUAAACCCUUCUGCUUCACACCCAUUUCCCAUAACACCAAAAGCUUCAAAAAUGGCGAAAUCUCCAGAGACAGAGCAUCCAAUCAAGGCCUAUGGAUAUGCUGCAAGAGACACUUCCGGAGUUCUUUCCCCUCUCACCUUCUCCCGAAGGGUUACAGGCGAUAAGGACGUAAGGCUCAAAAUUUUGUAUUGCGGAAUCUGCCAUUCUGAUCUUCACUUUGCCAAAAACGAAUGGGGCUUGACGAGUUAUCCCGUUGUUCCCGGACACGAGAUUGUGGGUGUUGUGACAGAAGUAGGAAGCAAAGUCGAGAAAUUCAAAGUCGGCGACAAUGCCGGAGUCGGAUGCUUGGUGGGAUCAUGCGGAUCUUGCGAUAACUGUGCUAAUGAUCUCGAAAGCUACUGCCCAAAACAGAUUCUCACUUACGCCUCCCCUUACCACGAUGGCACAAAGACAUACGGUGGGUACUCCGAUCACAUAGUUGCAGAUGAGAGCUUCGUCCUCCGGUGGCCGGAAAACUUGCCGCUUGAUACAGGUGCACCACUGCUAUGUGCCGGAAUCACCACUUACAGUCCUCUCAGAUACUUCGGACUCGAUAAACCAGGGAUGAAAGUUGGUGUUGUUGGUCUUGGUGGACUUGGUCAUGUCGCUGUGAAGAUGGCGAAAGCUUUUGGUGCAGAAGUUACUGUUUUCAGCACCACUCCUGCGAAAGAGCAAGAAGCACUUGAAGGACUUAAAGCUGAUCGUUUUAUAUUCAGCAAAGAUCAAGACCAGAUGCGGUCUGCAAUGAGUUCGUUGGAUGGGAUCAUUGACACGGUUUCUGCAACUCACCCUAUUGCUCCAUUGUUAAGUGUGCUGAAAUCACAUGGGAAGCUUGUUCUUGUGGGUGCACCAGAGAAGCCACUUGAGCUUAUUCCCUUUUCUUUAAUUUCAGGGAGGAAAAUUGUUGGUGGGAGUGCGAUUGGAGGGUUGAAAGAGACUCAAGAAAUGCUUGAUUUUGCAGCGAAGCAUGGUGUGACUGCUGAUAUAGAGCUCAUUCCGAUGGAUUAUGUGAACACUGCAAUGGAUCGUAUGUUGAAAUCUGAUGUUAGAUAUAGGUUUGUGAUUGAUGUGGAAAAGUCGCUCAAAGCCCCAUAGAUUUGAUGUUGUGUUGAUGGUUUUGGUAGAAUGGGUUUGGAUUUUGAUUGAUGGUAUUCUGAAAC